AUGGGGAUGCUUUACAAGCAGCUUCGGUAUCGGGCCAUCUACAGACAACGCCUGCCCAGCUUCGGGAACCGUGGGGUGAGAACGAUGCGGCGGACGUUCCAGAAUUGGGAAGCCUUGGAAGAGGAAGCCUUGGAAGAAGAAGCUCUAGAAGAGGAAAGUGCUGGUGCAUCAAGCGAAGAUUGA